AUGUCACGAUGGGAGAAGUAUCGAGCUUCGAGAACAAGUUGGGGAAUCAAUGUUCUAGGGUCCUUUUGUGUGGAAAUCGAAGGCUCGGAUGGAACAGUUGGAUUUGCAACUGGCUUUGGAGGUCCUCCUGCGUGCUGGCUCGUCCACCAGCACUUCGAGCGAUUCCUGAUCGGUGCGGACCCGCGAGACACCAAUCAUCUCUUCGAGCAGAUGUAUAGAGGUGCCAUGUUUUAUGGACGAAAGGGUCUUCCAGUUGCUGUAAUCUCUGUCAUUGAUUUGGCUCUCUGGGAUCUGCUUGGCAAGGUCAGAAAUGAACCAGUUUAUAAAUUGAUUGGAGGGGCAACCAGAGACAGAUUGGAUUUCUACUGCACGGGCCCAGAGCCUGUGUCCGCGAAAGCGAUGGGGUUCUGGGGUGCUAAGGUUCCACUCCCAUACUGUCCCGAGGAGGGGCAUGAAGGCCUGAGGAAGAACGUGGAAUUUCUGCGCAAACACAGGGAAAGUGUUGGGCCAGAUUUUCCAAUCAUGGUGGAUUGCUAUAUGAGUCUCAACGUCCCGUACACGAUAGAGAUUGCCAAGGCCUGUCUUGACCUCAACAUCAACUGGUGGGAGGAAUGCCUUUCCCCAGAUGACACGGAUGGCUUUGCACAAAUCAAGCGUGCCCAUCCUCAACUCAAGUUCACCACUGGCGAACAUGAGUAUUCCAGAUAUGGUUUCCGAAAGUUGAUCGAGGGCCGAAAUCUCGACAUCAUCCAACCAGAUGUGAUGUGGCUGGGUGGCUUGACUGAACUCCUGAAAGUCGCUGCCAUGGCCGCUGCGUAUGAUAUCCCUGUCGUCCCACAUGCCAGUGGACCAUACAGUUAUCAUUUCGUCGUCUCGCAGACAAAUUGCCCCUUCCAAGAAUAUCUUGCGAACUCCCCCGAUGGAAAGAGUGUUUUACCUGUUUUUGGAGAUCUCUUCCUUGACGAGCCAAUCCCUGUAAAGGGGUUUCUGGAUGUUACACAACUUGAUAAGCCUGGGUUUGGAUUGACAUUGAACCCAGCAGCUAGAUUGAUUCCAGCGCAGUACUUACUAACACCAAAUCCGGAGAGACCACUGGGAACGUCAGCAAGUGCGCCAAAAGUCGCUGAAGAGAAGAAGUCUGAGGACCAUCAAGGAGUUAUAAAUGGGGUUGUGGAUAGUAUAAAGGAUCUUACAACAUCGUGA